GGAGCCACGGACCGCACGGUAAAUAUGUCCGGACGAUGCGCAAUCGGCCAUCGCGCAUGUUUUGUUUGGCUCGCGAGGGGCAGUCGUGAGUUGUUCUAGUAAACAACUUGGUGCGCACGAGAAUCCUUCUCCAAAAACUCCGAAUUUCAGCAAUUUUUUUGUGAUUUCGCGUUUGUGACCCGAUAACCAGUGUGAUCGUUUUGUGACUACGAGUGCUGUGUUAGUGCGCGACAAUCGACACGACAAUACGUGAUACGAUAUCAUCGUCAUUCGUCAGGCUGGAAUUUUGCGGCGUGCUCGGAUGCGAUGCUGUCAGAACGUCAUUGACAAGGCGAUCAACCUCUGCUAGUUCAGUAAUCCUUGGUACUCGUGAAAUAGCCCUGAAAAAUAUUCACUGUCUACUUCUAAGGUAGGGUCUUCGAACGGAGUCUACUUUUUACGAGAAAGUGUGGCAUGACGUCCAAAAGAAGAAUCUAUUUCCGGUAUCGCCCAGAGUCGUGUGGGAGCUCCAGUCACAAGAAUAUUUAUUAUCGCUAAAGAAUGAAGAAACAAGAUCAUUGACGAAUGGCUAUGAAGCGAUACCGACUUUAGUUUCGGGCCUAAGCGGAGCGGAGCCAUGAUUAUAAUCAAAAACAGGACGAGGUCUUCGCAUCUGGAGUGAGCCUAGAAAGACCGAUCGCGAUCGCGAGUUGACCGAAAAGACGACAUCUCCAGGAUGAAUAAUUCGUGUGAAUCAAGAAUCCCGUCGGAGGGAUCCGUGAGCGACUUCGCCAAGGGACAUUGCUGCUACUGUCCUGGCGCUCUCGGCGCAUCUCCGGUUUCGAGUCCAACGGAAACAGUUUGCAUUGCCUGUCAGCGACUCCAUGGUUCAGCCGUGGAGCCCGAAAAGGACUCUAAGUGUCUGGACCCGAGGUCUAGGCGCAGGAACCUCUGUGGGACGAGGACGGAAAUUCAGGGUGAAAAAGGACAUCGGUGUCGCAGUGGUGUGAACGAGGGUCGUUGUUUAAGGUGUGCUUCGAGUGUCGUGAGAUGGAACAGUGCCAAGAGAACGGUGCAAAGACUCGUUUGGUUGAUUGUUCCACUGCUGCUACUGAACUUUGUGUCGCCGAGUAUCGCCCAGGUUCAGGAAUCUACUAGUAGUAAUUCAACUGACCACGUAGUGUGCCAAAGCAUAGAUAUACGCAAUAAAGUCAGCGAGUUGGACAGGCUCAGAAAUUGUUCUGUGGUCGAGGGAUUCGUUCAAAUUUUAUUAAUUGAUCAUGCAAACGACUCUGCCUAUACGAAUCGUACAUUUCCUAAACUCGUCGAAAUUACAGACUAUCUCGUACUUUAUAGGGUAAACGGUCUUAAAAGCAUUGGUCAUCUUUUUCCAAAUUUGUCAGUGAUUCGUGGAAACUCUUUGUUCAUUAAUUAUGCCUUGGUGGCAUUCGAGAUGAUGCACCUUCAGGAAAUCGGUUUACAUUCUCUUACCGCUAUUUUGAGAGGAUCAGUACGCUUUGAGAAAAAUCCGGCACUUUGUUACGCUGAUACUAUUGACUGGGAUAUCAUUGCUAAGGCUGGGAAAGGAGAACAUGUUAUUUCGGGAAACAAAGCCAAAAACGGUUGUCCGAUUUGCGAAAGAAACUGUCCCAAGAGGGAGAUGAAUCAAUUCGAACAUUUGUGCUGGAACAGAGAACACUGCCAGAAAAUAUGUCCAAAUUGUGGCGACGGAAGUUGCAUGUCAGAUGGCCAGUGCUGCGACCGAGCUUGCCUGGGUGGUUGCACGGGAACCACAGUCAAUGACUGCAUAGCUUGUAAAAACGUCAUGCUAGGAACACUAUGUGUGGAUAGUUGUCCAAACAACACCUUCUCUUUCAUGGAUCGCCGAUGCAUCACCGAAGACGAAUGUAGAACUGAGAAGAGGCCGCGAGAGUCCAACUUGAACAAAGAAUAUCCUUUCAAACCGUUUCAAAACGUCUGCCGAAGUGACUGUCCCGUCGGCUACAUGGACGAUGAAUCCAGCAACUUAACGACUUGUAAAAAGUGUAAUGGACCUUGCCAAAAAGAAUGCGCUGGUGCCAACAUUGACAGCAUAGCUUCUGCUCAAAAGCUCCGUGGAUGCACUCACAUCACUGGAAGCUUGGAAAUCCAAAUCCGAGGGGGCAAGAACAUCGUCAAGGAAAUGGAGGACAGUCUCAGCACAAUAGAAGAAAUCGAUGGCUAUCUAAAAAUCGUUCGCAGCUUCCCCCUGAUUUCGCUCAACUUUCUCAAAAAUCUUAAGAUAAUUCGUGGCAACGAGAAUGAAAACGAAAAAAGCCUCAUCGUGCUCGAUAAUCAGAAUCUCCAAGAACUUUGGGAGUGGAAGACGAAGAAGUCUAUCAAGAUUUUAUACAAAAAUAGUGCACCGGGUAAGGUGUUCUUUCAUUUUAACCCAAAGCUGUGCCUGCAGAAGAUUGAGAAGCUGCGGGAAGUCGCGAAUUUAGAUCCCUUCACUGAUCUUGAAGUGGCACCAAACAGCAAUGGUGAUAAGAAUGCUUGCAACGUGACAGAAUUGCUGGUUAAGAUUGACAAGAAGACGUCGAAUGCAGCGUUGAUAACUUGGGCACCCUUUGAACAUCACGAUACUAGAACUCUUUUGGGAUAUGUGGUCUAUUUUAUAGAAGCUCCUUUUCAAAAUGUGACCAUGUACGAUGGAAGGGAUGCUUGUGGAGGUGAUGGAUGGAAGGUUGAUGACGUUUCGCCCAGUGAAACAUCUGGGGACUUGAAGAGUGACGUGAAACCGCAGCUGACGCAUAUACUCACAAAACUGAAGCCAUAUACUCAGUAUGCGUUUUACAUCAAAACUUACACCAUAGCUACAGAGAGGUCCGGCGCUCAAAGCGAAAUCACGUAUUUCACAACACUUCCUGGUGCUCCAAGUGUUCCUCAAAAACUUUCAACGUACAGUAAUGAUAGCGAUGUCUUGAUUAUCACCUGGCAUCCACCAGUUGAGAAAAAUGGAAAUCUCACUUCUUACCGGAUUUUUGGCCGGUAUGAACCAGACGAUCCGACUUUUUUGGAACAGAGGAAUUACUGCGACGAACCAUUAUCUGCUCCGGAAACAAGACCGGCAAAGGCGGUGUUAAUAGAAGAAGAGAAUAAGAAAGUCGAAGCUGAGAAGAAUCUUAUCAACAAGCCAGAGACUAAUACCUGCGAUUGUCCGAGUCAAGAAGUAGAUUCAGUCACAAGAGAAAAGGAGGCUACCAGUUCUAUUGCCUUCGAAGAUGCUUUGCACAAUCAAGUUUACGUUAAGAGAGCUUCAAACAACCGUAGACGACGAGAGGCUGACGAUAUCUUAAACCACAUAAAUAGACUUACAAAACGAGACGUCCAUACUGAAAUUAUGGAUAAAGAUGCUGUAGAAAAAGGCUUGGUUGGUGGAAUGAAAAAUAAAACCAAUUCUCUGGAAUUAAAAGAUGGUACAUUGCUAGAAGACAAAAUAAUAGAUGGAAAAAUAGUGCAAUUCGAAAGAGAGAUUCCAACUACUAAUUACACUGCCGGUCCUAUUACUUUCGUCAUAGGCACAUUACGACACUUUACAGCAUAUAAUAUAGAAAUUCAGGCUUGUCGAGAAAAACUUCCCAGCGAAAAAUUAGUAAACGAUUUUUGUUCUACGAAAAGUAUGAAGACCUAUCGAACAAUGGCUCUGGAUUGCGCAGACGAUAUUCCAGCAGAUUCUUUCAAAGUCGUAUUAUCUACUAAUAAGGACAAUACUAGUCUUCCGUCUCCUGAAGUUAAACUCGAGUGGGAUGAGCCGGCAAAGCCAAACGGUCUGAUUGUUACAUACCAAAUUGAAUACAAGAACAUAGAAAUUCAAAAUAUAAAACCAACGACAAUAUGCGUAACAAGAAAAGACUUUAUAAAAAAUAAAUCCUACACGCUGAAAGAUCUCCCAGCUGGAAAUUACACAGUUAAAGUUCGAGCGGUGAGUCUUGCAGGGUACGGAAAUUACACACAGGAGAAAAUAGUUUACAUCAACGAGUACAAUACGAUGGGAAAAUUUUGGAUUAUUUUCUUGGUCGUCACGUUAUUCGUUGUGAUGUGUUUAUCUGGGUGCAGUUUCUACGUUUGUAAACGGAAAUUCAUGCGUAACGUUCCUAGUAUGAGACUGAUCGCAACUGUCAAUCCAGAAUAUGUGAGUACGGCCUACAUUCCAGACGAAUGGGAGGUUCCCCGAAAAAAGAUCAAUUUACUCCGAGAACUCGGAAAUGGAUCCUUUGGAAUGGUUUACGAGGGUAUAGCGAAAGACGUCGUUAAAGGAAAACCCGAGGUUCCUUGCGCCGUUAAAACUGUUAACGAGAAUGCAACCGAUCGGGAGCGAAUCGAAUUCCUCAAUGAAGCUUCUGUCAUGAAAGCCUUUAACACUCAUCACGUAGUGAGACUAUUGGGGGUAGUUUCACGUGGACAACCAACUUUAGUUGUUAUGGAACUGAUGACAAAUGGCGAUCUGAAGUCGUAUUUAAGGAGCCAUCGACCAGACGUCGGCGAUAGUUUUUCCCUACAACCACCAACAUUGAAAAGAAUUUUGCAAAUGGCAGUUGAGAUAGCGGAUGGCAUGGCUUAUCUCUCUGCUAAAAAAUUCGUGCACAGAGAUUUGGCUGCUCGAAACUGUAUGGUUGCUGAAAAUUUAACCGUGAAAAUCGGAGACUUUGGAAUGACAAGAGACAUUUAUGAAACCGAUUAUUAUCGAAAAGGAACCAAAGGACUUUUGCCUGUCAGGUGGAUGGCGCCAGAGAGCUUGAAAGAUGGAGUUUUUACAAGCUUUUCGGACGUUUGGAGUUACGGGGUCGUUUUGUGGGAAAUGGUUACGCUCGCUUCGCAGCCCUAUCAAGGAUUAUCGAAUGACCAAACGCUGCGAUAUGUAAUUGAUGGGGGUGUCAUGGAACGACCAGAAAACUGCCCUGAUCCUCUUUACGAUAUGAUGAGGGCGACGUGGAAUCAUAAAGCGACUAAAAGGCCCACUUUCAUUGAUAUUGCAACCAUUCUUUUGCGAGAAGUGGACCUAGAUUCAUUCCAGAGAGUCAGCUUUUAUCACAGCCCUGAAGGCGUCGACGCACGCAAUCAAAAUGCGGCCCAUUCGUCGCAGAACGACAAAGAUCUUGAAAUGGUGACCCUACAAGACUUACGGGAAGAGGAAGCCGAAGGCGAAGAAGAUUCCCCUCUACGUCAAGACUUUGGAGAUUUCGCAGACUUUGAGCCCCUCAGUCUGAAAAAGAAUUCAACUCCUAGAUACGACAUGGAUUCCUUCAGCGAUGGCUCAAAAACCUCAAAUUUCCACGAUAUGAAUUCCUCGAAAAUACCAUUGAAAGCCGGCUUUGAUGACUUUGACGGAAUUUCAGUCGAAUCAUUGGCUUCAAGUAAGGACACACUGAAUCUGCCUUUCGCGGAGGACAGUGUCAGGUCUGUGAAGAACUCGCCUUUCGCACAAAAGAAGUCCUCCUCCAGGGGAAAUGUGAGUCAAACUUCAAUGGCUAAAUCAGUGAGUCCGCAAAACUCGGCCAAGCAGUCAUUUCUUGACAGUCCGAGUCCCUCCAAAACACCUCGAGUCGAUCCUGAUUAUGAAAACAGAAGUCCGGAGAUCCUCUCGCUGAACAAGAAGAUGGAGAAGGAGCCAUUGCGAUUGAACUUCUCAUCCUUGGACCCUAUCGAUAUCGAGUCCAACGAAGACGACAGGGGGAAAAAGCGUCAGUCCGAUUACGUAAACAGAAGUGAAACGCUGAAUAACGGAUACAUCGGUGGCGCGACCACGUAGUUAUAUUUUCUCCAAAGCGUCUUCAAAAAUCGCCCUGGUUACAAGGUCAUUGCUCAUAAACGUGCUUCAAACAAUGAAAGAGUGCAUCGUCGAGCCUAACAGUUUCACGAUAGCGUGAAAGUGGAUUAAAAAAAUAUGUGUGUUGCACUCGGACAAUUUCUUUUUUAUAUGAACGGGGAGGAUUAAAGUUUUAAAGUAACAUAAGAUAGGAACGUAAGUUACAUUUUACACUUUUAGACGUAAUGAAAACCGCGAAUCGAAAGUAAGAUUCCGAUUGACAUAAAAUCGAUAUUCCUUAUCCUUUACGGGUGUAGAAAGCGUCUUAAUUCCGUCUCCCUGAUUAGAAUUAACUUUACUGCGUGUGUACAGAUUUUCAUGAAAAAUUCGCGAUGCAUGUCCACAGAUUGCUGCGAGUCUAUAAUCGCGAACUCGUAUGAAAUGCGUUAUUCUUGAGUCGAGUGUCGGUGGACAGUAUUAAUGUCUCUUGUGUACAUGCCGUGGCAACCACUUUGACCUACGUAGUAUUUAAGUCUAUAUCAAAGAUCGAUCUUGAUUAAUAAUUUUUAGCAUAAAACAUAACUAAACUACAAAACUACAUCUCCGGUUUCCCAGGCGAGAUACUCGUCGCUCGAACUGAUCUAAUGGGGCGACAAAGUAUUAAACAGAGUUCUAAAGAGAGCAAUUUCUGCAAAUAUUGUCAGGAACAUUCGCGAUUAAUUUUUAUUUUGAGAGGUGAGCGGUCGAAAAUUAUGUGCAUUAUUUUGCAGUUAAAUUUAAUUCAUUUGAAUUUGGAUUUAUUCUCCUUGAAUAGACUUUGAAUUAAGUAGAUUUCAGCUCAAUUGAAUUGACUUCGGAUUCAAAGUUCUCGGUGCAAUUUAAAUUCAAUGAGCCACAUUGAUAAUGUAUUUAAAUAGUUAUGUACUUCAUGUUGAAAAUGUAUAGAUCUUUUCCAUUUCGAGAAUAUUCUCCGAUUUUAAAUUCCGGAUAACUUUAGAACUCUAGUGUUAAUUGUCCAAAGUGGUGACAGUUUCGAAGGGCGCCCAUCUUCUGAAAGUAAGAAAUUUCGUCCAAGUCGAACGUCGACGAUGAAGGAAAUGAGAGAAAUGAAGCGAUUACUGGCGACCAUUUUGCGAAAGACAUGAUUGGGAAUCCAAAUUAAUUAAUUAAUUGAUUAAUCUAGAUAGAAUUGCAGCGACCUUCUGGUACCCGGAGGUGGUUCAGAACAUCUCCAAUUAUAGCUAUCGACCCUCGCUCGAAUCACUUGUUUGGACUUUUUCAGAAAAUCGAAAGUUUAUUCUACAGCGUUCUUCCUCAAGGUAUCCUCAUCUUAUUCAUUCAGUAAAAUACAUACGUACAUAAUUUCUAGAAUCUGUGUGACAGAUUCUGAACCAUCUUGCAGACGAUGUUCUCGCAACGAAUGAGUUUGAGAAGUAUGGUGCUUUUUGAAAUUGACGUGUUCAAUUUGUUGUCGCGGGAGUAGAAAUCGUCCGAGAGUUUUAGAUCGGCAAUACAAUAUGAGAUGUUUUACCACCAAAUGUGUUUAAAGAGCACCUUGCUUUAUUUAGCUUGUUCAAUAUACUUAGAGACUAUUUACUAGCCAACUCCUCAACAGUCACUCAGCGAUUACCAUUACCUCCAACUUUUACCAUCUUUAUCACUAACAGUUCCAUAUUUUUUGCAUUCUUGCACAUUGUUUUUGACAUAUAUUCGUAUUUUCUUGACUAUUUUAUCACAAUCAAGUCAGAUACAGAAUUUAAGAACAAAACAUAUUUCAUUACUUUUAUCAGGUAAAGGAAAACUAGAUUUAAUUUUCAUAUGUUAGAUAUUCAAGGUGGCCACAGAAGUAAGUGUAUAUAAAAUGAGCUCUUUUUGGUGCUAAAGUUCCGAUAAAUUGUUUCUCCCCAUUUUAAUUUUGUAAAAGUUAGGUAAUUUUUACUGAGAAAAUAUCCCACAUUUAAGUGGACAAAUUUUUGGCAAUUUUAUGCCUCGCAUUAUCUACCCACGAAAAAAAAUACUGAAAAAAAAUAACCGGUCUUGAUCUGCACUUAUUUUUUUUAUAUCUCAAGAAUGGUUAUUUUGUAUUUUUUAAUAAACAGCUUAAUUAUUUUUAGUUCACAAUUUUAUUUUUAAAUCUUUUGGUGCUUUUUAGUCAAUUCGUGUCUAUAAACAAUUUUUCGUCGAGAAAGAAGCACACAAUGAUGGCAAACAUUCAUAAAGCUUAGGGCCUAUCUAUAAAUUACGUAUCAAUUUUUUUUGUUGACGGGGAAGCCUGCUGUUACCCGAUGGCGAAUAAUUACAGUGUGUAAAAUAUUUUUCUUAAUUCUUGAUAGAGCUACUCUAUUUUUUCGAAAAGAAAUUUUAACUCGAGUA